AUGACGAGCCGCCGGCCUUCACUCCUUCAGGCCCGCGGCGGUCCUCACGCUCAUGCCCACGCUCAUUCUUCAUACAAACUUGGACACGGACACGGACACGACCAGCACCUGCAUCAGCAGUAUCCUCACGACGCCGUUGCCGGCCCCCGACCCAACGACGUCAAGCCCGAAAGCGCUCAGGCACCAGAGCUCCAUGAUCGAGCUGUCGUGCCCGUCGUAGACCAACCGUCCACCGAUGUCGUCACUCCCAGCGCAACAUCUCUCGUCACCCGGGUCGUCCAGACCGUUUCGCUCGUUCAAAUCGUGGACUCGUCCGGAUCACCAAUUGAGACGCAGACUCGCUUCGCUAUCCCCAACACCGUAGUGGUGGAUAAGGACACGGGCAAGACCAUUUCCGCCUCCAACCCAGACCACACGCCAGCUCCUGCUGCUCCGGGCUCCGGCCCGGAGUCCAGCGAAGUGAUUCGGUCCUCAACGUCUAGCAUCAGCAUUCAAUCACCGGCCGCUUCCGUCUCCAGCAGCUCGCAAGCGCCGGCUGCUUCUAUUCCCACCAUCUCAAUUUCACCGACUACCCCGGCGUCGCUUUCGCCGUCCGCUCAUUCUUCACCACCACCAACACCAGCGGCUCCUUCGCUGGGCGUAGGCCAUAAUGGAACAAACAUUCAUCAUUCCGCCCAUCAUAACUCCACCAAUACUUUGUUCCAUGCUGAAUCAAUAAACGCCACUCACUCGUCAACGAAACACUCCUCGACGAAGACGCACUCUCACACUUCAUUCACGACUACGGAAUUUUCAACCUCUGAGGCUACGUCUUUUUCGGAAACCGUCCUUUCCACCGUCUCGUCCUUUGAGCCCUUAGCUACAGAUGCCGCAUUCGGCGGCGUGUUUGGAAGCGAUGGUGCGUCACCGACAACAACCAGUUCGGAGGCUACUCCUUCAGCAUCAUCCAAUGGGACGGAUACCCUGUUGUCCCCUCAGCAGAAGCAAGUCAUUGGAGGUGUAGUUGGAGGACUUGCUGGCGCCGCUUUCUUCCUUGUUUUGGUUCUGCUGGCUCUGCGGUACAAGAGACGUCAACUCAAUGCAGCUCAAGCCGCCGGGCAACCCACCUCGGAGGGCCGUGGACUUCCCCCGACCAUCGUCACCCCUGACGGAGCUCCCAGCGGAGGCAGCGGCGGCAGUGGAGGCGCAAUGACGGAGAGAUACGGCGCUGCCGCGGUGCCCGCGGCGUUCGCCGGCCUGGCAUCCAAAAGCAGUUCUGCUUCUGCGAAUUCUGCAGAAACAGGUGAAAAGAGCUUCUACCGUGUAUCAGGCAGAAAGCUGCCGUCAGUCCUCCAGGUGGGCGGCGACGGGUACUCGGACCCUCGCUCGAGCUUCAUGAGCAGCACGUCGGACUACUACCGAGGCUCACAGGCCUUUGACCCCGUGGGAGGAGCCGGAGCUCGGCUACAGCUGGGAGUUCCCAUGCGGCCAGACAGCGGCGUACCCAUCGUCCGAUCUGGUCCAGCUCGAGCCGUGGUUGCCGAGCCGAACCCAUUCGCUGACCCUCCGAAGACACCUCCUGCCGAUGCCUCCUCGCCCCCUUUGACACGGCUACGCGAGAGUCCAAGCAGGGGAUCCAGAUUCCAAGAGGGCAUUUGA